AUGGGCGUCGCCGUCGCCAACGAAAAGACGAGCAGUGGCUCGCUCAACGACUCCUCCAACGACAAUGCCGCCGUCCUCGAGGCCGCGCCGGCCGUCCACGAGGUGCCCGUCCCCGCGGGCACCACCGAGCGCCGCAUCCUCACCAAGAUUGACCUGCACGUCGUGCCCUUUCUCUGCAUCAUGUACCUCUUGGCCUUUUUAGAUCGCGUCAACAUUGCCAAUGCCAAAGUCUUUGACCUCGCCAAGGACCUCAACCUCGAAGAGCCCGGCAACCCCGACAGCACAAAGUACAACACGGCCCUCGUCAUCUUCUUUGUCCCGUACUGCCUCUUUGAGAUUCCCUCCAACAUUCUGCUCAAGAAAUUCAAGCCCCACGUCUGGCUGUCCAUCAACAUGCUGCUCUUUGGCUUCACCACCAUCAUGCAGGGCCUUGUCACAAACUACAGCGGCCUGCUGGCCACGCGCUUCUUUCUCGGCGUUUUCGAGACGGGCAUGUUUCCCGGAGCCUUCUACCUCAUCGGCAUGUGGUACAAGCGCUCCGAGGCCCAGAAGCGCUACUCCUUCUUCUUCAACAGCACCACCCUCGCCGGCGCCUUUGGCGGCCUCCUCGCCGCCGCCAUCGGCAACAUGGACGGCCUGCGCGGCUACAAGGGCUGGCGCUGGAUCUUCAUCAUCGAGGGCGCCAUCACCGUCUUUGUCAGCUUCUUCAUCUACUUUCUCCUCCCCGACUUCCCCGAGGACGUCAAGUGGCUGUCCGAGGACGAGCGCCGCUACGUCCAGGCCCGCCUCGCCGCCGACCAGGGCAGUCACGCCAUCGAGCGGCCCAUCAAGCUCCGCGACGUCCUCAACGUCCUCAAGGACCCGAAGGUCAUCGCCGGCGGCUUCGCCUACUUUGGCAUCAUCGUCCCCGCCUACGGCUACGCCUACUUUGCGCCCGGCAUCCUGCAGACGUUCCACUACGGCAAGAUUGAGACGCAGCUGCGCAGCGUCCCGCCCUGGGCCGUCGCCUUUGCCUUUUCCAUGGCCAUUGCCUACGUCUCGGACCGCAUCCGCCACCGCCUGACCUUUGCCAUUGUCGCCAUCUCCGUCGCCAUCGCCGGCUUCGCGAUCCUCCUCGCCGUCCACAACCACACCGACGUGCAGUACGCCGCGCUCUUCCUCAUCGCGAGCGGCGCUUACACGGCCAUGCCCAUCAUUGUCUGCUGGUUCAACAUGAACCUCGGCGGCCACCACCGCCGCGCCAUCGGCAGCGCCUGGCAGGUCGGCUUCGGCAACCUCGGCGGCAUCAUCGCCGUCUACGUCUUCCUCCAGCGCGACUCGCCCCGCUUCAUCCCCGGCUACAGCGUGUGCCUCGCCUGGUUCGUCCUCUCGGCCACGGCCUGCGGCGUCUACGGCUACAUGUGCUGGAGCGCCAACAGGAAGCGCGACCGCCUGCCCCCUGAUGCGGCCGCGGCGCUGACGCAGGAGGAGAGGGACGACCUUGGCGACAACGCGCCCGACUAUCGCUAUCUGCUGUAG